UUUCAUUUUGGUUUCUUUUAUUUUCCGGAAACUUUGUUUUUACAUAUCAUAAAACAAAUAUUUUUACUUUAAUAUUUAUUUCCUUGUUUUUGAUCUUGUUUAUAUUCACUUUAUUGUUUAUGCCACAUGUUCUGCUCUCUACGCUUAUCAGUUAUUUAAUUUUUAUGACUUUUUUUUGUGUUUUUUUUAAUUUUUUUUUAAUUUUUUUCUUUAUCACUUCAUUAUUUUUUCAUUAAAAUUUUAAAAUUUUUUAUAGAAUAAAAAAAUUAAAUUUUAAUGUCAAAACUCCCUGCUCCACCAGCCUCCUCAAAAAAGACAAAAGUUGUUGGAGGAAAUAUCAACAACGAUAACAACAUUGCCAGCACAUUUAAUAAUUCUAAUACAGGCUUCCUUAAACUCCCAGAUGAACAAAGCAGUCACAGAAGGCUUUUAGCUAAUGAACAUCAUUUAAAGACAAAUGGUCGUCGUCGGAAUAGAAGCAGUUCCCCUUCACCUGAUAUAAAUAAUGAUGAAGAGGAUGAUGAGGACGCUGAAGAGGAAGAAGAUGAAAUCGGUGAUCUUCGAGUUGGAAAACUAAAAACAAAUGGAAGUAGAGUAAUGUUUAGCAAUAAUAACAGCAAUUCUUUACGGCCAAAUCUCUUGGAGGAAGGGGAGAAUGGGUUAACUAAUGGAUCUAGUAGUGAUAUGAUGGAUAUUUCUGAUGAUGAUGGUCGAGAAGGGUGGGAUAAUAAAAUGCAAUUUUUCAUGGGAGUGAUAUCCUAUGCUGUUGGAUUUGGAAAUGUUUGGCGCUUUCCUUUUUUGUUACAAAAGAAUGGAGGCGGCGCUUUUCUAAUACCUUAUCUUAUUAUGAUGGUAAUUGAAGGUGUUCCUCUUUUCCUUAUUGAACUUGGAAUUGGGCAAAAAUUGAGAACAGGACCUGUGGGCGUUUGGAAUGCUAUACAUCCAUAUCUUGGGGGUGUUGGUGUUUCAGCAGCAAUAGUUUCCUACUUAGUUUCCCUUUACUACAAUGUUAUUUUAACUUGGGUAUUCUACUACCUAUUUAAAUCUUUUAGUUUUGAACUGCCUUGGAUUAAUUGCCCAAAAUUAGCAAAUGGUUCUAAUAUAACAGAAUGUGUUCAGUCUUCUACCCCUGCAAAUUAUUUUUGGAAUAGAGAAGCUAUAAAUACUUCUGAUUCAAUCGGUGAUUUUGGUGGAUUUACUUGGCAUAUGACUUUCUGUCUUGUUUUUGCUUGGUCUGUAAUUUACCUGUGUGUAAUGCGUGGUAUUAAAAGUAGUGGAAAAGUAAUGUACUUAACCGCUACUUUUCCUUAUUUUGUGCUCACUGCAUUUAUGUUCCGCUCAAUUUUAUUGCCUGGGGCUACUGACGGUCUUAGAUAUAUGAUAACGCCGGAUGUGAGUUUUCUUUUGUUAUUUAGAGGAUAUUAG